UUUGGUUCAUUCUCUCUUUCUCUCGAAACCUCUCCACCUACCUUUCCGAGAAGGCGAUUCUCUCUUCCUCCAUGGUUCUUCGACUUGCCGGCGAAACUCCAUGUCUCCAUGGGACUCAGACGAAACGAGAUCGUCUCUCUCUGUGGCUCGCAGACGAAAGGGCGAUUCUCUCUCUCUUUCUCUUUGUGACUCCUGGAGGAAACGAAGCCAGACCUCUCUCUCUCGGUGGCUGACGUCGAUGAAGGAAAUCGUCGAUUAUCUCCCUCUCCGUGGGGCUUCUCGUCGGCGAAGGACGGCACUCUCUUUCUGGGUCGAUAAACUGGAAUCUGAAGGUUCGAUUCUUUCUCGCGGUGGUAGUCGUCGACGGCGAUAUAUGGCUAUCUGUCGGUGGCUCUCCUCCACGGCGACAGAGCUCUCUGUCGAUGCCUCUCCGCGAUUCGUACAGGUAAUGCUUCUGUUUCAUGUUCUUCAAUGAUGCAUGUCUCUGAUUGUGGCUUCAUAAGUUGUGAUUUGUUUGUUGCAAGUGAAUUUAUUUUGAUAAUGUUUCUGUCAUAUGAUUCUGUUGGGUUUAGCUGGAACAAUUUUUUUUCCAAGCUCGUUUUGUUUGU